UGCGGCAAGUAAAGCGAGUGGAAUUUAUCCAAUAUUUAUUCUGAGUCAUCAAGCGUCUGUGUACAAGGAAAUGAUCAAAAAUGAGAACUUUUGUUAUUUUGUUUAUUUUCUGUUUGAUAAGGGUAGGAGACCCACAGUUACCAGAUUCCGUUAUACUCCUGCAAAAUAAAAAUGGUGUAUGCAAUGGUAUAGAGACACCAGAAGAGAAAUGGCUUCAAGACAGAGAUGUUUUCCAGGUUUUCUCACAAACAGUUGAACAGGAUUUCUAUGAAUCAGAUAGGAACUGUGUUGUAUCUCUGGUAGGAAAGGUUGGGUAUCAGUGGGAGAUUAGAGUAAAUAAGUUUGAUGUAGAAGGGACUACAUCUCCUGAUGGUGUACCAAUACAGUGCAAUGACUUUGUCAAAAUAUAUGAUUCUUUGAGGUGUGAUAAUGCAAAGCUAUUGAAAGGUAUCAACUUUAAAACUGGAUUGUGUGGUACCCUGAAAGAGUCUGAGAUAGGUCAGUUGAUCUUUACAACCUGUGCUAACAAGCUCACCAUACAGUUUAAGACAGAUGUUCACCAGACAUUCCGCAGAGGAUUUGCAUUUGAACUGAAGCAGUAUCCUUGGAGUAACCCUACAGGAGGUCCUGACUGUGAUCCUGAUCUCAAUGGAAUAGUAGCCGGAGUGUGGAGAGAUGGGACAUUUAAUGAGUUUCAGAAUACAUGGAAUGAACAGCCCAUUAUACCAGGGUAUGUGUCAUCUGGUACAGAAACUGACUAUGAUAAGGAAAUUGAUGGAAUACAGUGUUAUGAGUGUACAAGUUGUCCUGUAGAACCAUUUGAUCCGAAGAAAGAUGGCACAGCUAAAGGCAAUAAUUGUUAUGUUUGUUCCAAGGUCUGGGAUGAUGAGUAUUAUAAAGCAAUGAGGAAAUGUUAUACAAGGACAAACUACCUGAGUGUAAUAGAAUCUAUCAGAGAGAUAGACGAGCCAUUCCUGGGGUGUCAGAAGACAGUUGAUGAUUUUGGUCGGUCUGUGAACUACUGUUUCUGUGAUUCAGAUUUAUGUAACAAGUCCGGCAGGAUGAUGAUCAGUUAUGUUGUAACAUCUCUGACACUCUGUAUCUCCGUCCUUUAUACGCUCAUCUUGUGAUAUGACAUAAAGACUACAAGAUUUUCUUAUCUAUCAUGGAAUAUUUCUAUAAUGUCAUUGUGAGAUAUGCAACUGUAACUUUUUGUAUGCUGGUAAUGGUGAUAACUAACUUCCACCAUGAUUAUUGAGCUAAAGUUAACCUGCAUAUCUGUUUGAUCUGACCAAUUUCUACUCAUCUUACAUCUAACAUGCAUGAUUUUAGUAUUUUGAAACUUAAAGCUGCUAAGAACAGUUUGGUGUCAUCCUAAAAACUAAGCAUUGCUAUAGUUCUGUUACCCUUUACCUUUUAAUAGAAUUGUUAUAGAUCCUAUCAAAUACUGUUCAGAAAGUUUGUUUUAAAAGGGAAAACCCCACGGUAACACUAAAGUUCAUAUACAAAUUUUAACAUGCUUAAGAACACUAUAAAUUGUUUUUGCAUGGUCACAUUGUUAACUUUUCAAAAAUCAACAGUUGUUAUCGGUUAGACAGGAAAUCCAGGUUUUCCCAACUUUGAAUAACUGGGAUUGCACUGUCCUGAUAGGAAAAUUUAGCUACUAACAGUCAGUAUAGAGCCUGGUUAUAUAGUAUGGUUUGCAGGCUGUCUUAGCUCUAUACUGGUGGCAAAAAGCUAAUUACUUUUGGUUCCAGCAGGUUAAGGGUUAAACAUUUUAAAAUAACGAAUUGAAAGGAGCAAAUUUUAAGCAGGGCAAUUUCAUUUUACAAAUAAAGAAGUAAAAAUUUUAACUGUCCAAUUAUUAUAUUGUUUAAUUUCAUGUAUAUAAAAUUAUGACAUAUCAAAUUAAUAGAUACAUGGUGCAUUUUAUUGUUCAAAUUAUACCUUUAUAAAUGUAUAUGAUAUUUAUUUAUUUAAGGCACAUGGUAGAUAAUACACUGUAAAUAAGUUAUAGCUUUAAUAAAUCUUUAAUAAUAUGAAAUAUUGUAAUAUCA